AUGUUUCGGAUUCGGGUUCUACGUCACGUUGUACGCUUCGCCUCAUCGAGUAGUACCGUAGCUUCGAAGAGGUUGACUCGUCAUUUCUGUUCACAAACUCUAUCGACCAGUUUGUCUUCUGAAGCAGCGGCAAAGUAUGAAAAGAAAAGUCCAACUGAGCAUGUGCUGCUCAGACCUGACACAUAUAUUGGCGGUGUUGCAAUGAGAGAAUCUCAAUUUGUCUGGAUUCGAAAUUCGGAAACAAGAAGAAUGUUUACAAAAGAAGUAUCGUAUCCACCCGGACUUUUGAAAAUUUUCGACGAAAUUUUAGUGAACGCAGCUGAUAAUAAAUCAAGAGAUCCUAGUAUGAAUCGAUUGGAAGUCUGGCUUGAUAGAGAGACAUCUCGAAUCGCUGUUUGGAAUAAUGGAAGUGCUCUUCCUGUUGAAAUCCACCCGACAGAAGGAGUCUAUGUGCCAACUCUCGUUUUUGGAAGUCUGUUCACUUCAUCGAAUUAUGACGAUAACGAAAUCAGAACAGUAGGAGGAAGGAACGGUUACGGUGCCAAGCUCUGUAAUAUUUUCUCCGAUGAGUUCGUGGUAGAAGCAGUGGAUUCUCGAACGAAAAGGAAGUUCAAACAAAGAUGGUACCAUAACAUGAGAGAAUUCGACGAAGCUGUAAUUGAGGAUCUCACAAACCAGCAGCUUUCAGACUAUACGAAAGUAGAAUUCGUUCCUGAUCUCAAACGAUUCCACAUCGAUAAACUAUCUGAAGAUAUUAUUGAUCUUAUUGGUAAACGAGUCUUUGAAGUAGCUGCAACUCUUCCAAGUGAUGUUCAAGUAUUUUUCAAUGGACAAAAAUGCGAUGUCGAUGGAUUCGAAGACUACGUCAGAAUGUUCAAUGAUUCUAAUCCUUCCUCUUUCCUGUUCCUCCAUCCAACAUCUCGCUGGCAUGUAGGCGUGGCUAAAAGGAAUACAUUUUCUGGAGAGGGUAUUGUAACACUUCCAAAGGUUGUCAGUUUUGUAAACAAUAUCAAUACUGAAAAGGGAGGAAGCCAUGUGGAUUAUGUGAUGGAUAAGAUAGUGAAUGUUAUGAAACCACUAGUGGAUUCGAGGCUUGGCGACCCAUCAAAAAGUGUGAAACCAGCAACAAUCAAAAAUAAUAUAUCCCUGUUUAUCAAUUGUUUGAUUGAAAAUCCAUCAUUCGAAAGUCAAACUAAAGAGACGGUUACCACAAAACCGAAGCAAUUUGGAUCAAGUUUUGAUUGUGAUUCUGAAAAAAUUUCAAAAUGGGCGGAAACGAGUGGUUUGCUAGAUGAAAUUGUUGAUGAAGUUCUCAAUACGAAAAAGAAAAAGAUAUCCUCGAAACGAGCAAAUUCUUCUUCAGUUAGAGAUAUUGUAAAAUUGGAAGAUGCAGAAUGGGCUGGAGUACCGGGGAAAUCAGAAAAGUGUACUCUAAUUUUGACGGAAGGUGAUUCUGCAAAAGCCCUCGCUCUCGCUGGUUUAGAAAUUCUUGGACGUCAAACCUACGGAGUUUUCCCGCUGAAAGGAAAACUAGUGAACGUUUCGAAUCUAGAUGAUAUUCGGGCUUCCAAAAAUGAAGAAAUCGGAAAAAUUGUCCGGAUCCUUGGAUUGAAUUUCAAUGAGCCAACUCCUUCAAAAGAAUCGAUUCGCUAUGGACGUCUUCUGAUUCUGACAGAUCAAGAUGAAGACGGAAGUCAUAUCAAAGGGCUUGUCAUCAAUUUCAUUCAUAAGUUUUGGCCCAGUCUAAUUCAAUCCGGAGAAUUUAUCAAAUCGUUUCGAACUCCUCUUCUGAAAGCGAAAAAAGGAAAUGAGGUCGUGCCAUUUUUCUCUUUGAAUGAAUAUCGAAAAUGGGCGGAGACAAUAGAAGGAAAAUGGAAAGUCAAGUACUACAAGGGACUAGGAACGUCGACUUCGAAUGAGGCAAGAGAAUAUUUCAGGAAUUUGGAUCAUCAUACUGUCAAUUUCAACUAUGCCGGAUCAAGUGACGACGACGCUAUUCGCAUGGCUUUUGAUCGAGAGAAAAGUGAUGAAAGAAAACGUUGGAUACGGGGGUCAGACGAAGUCUCGACAACUGAAGAUGUUGAAAAAACAGAGCUAAAUUAUGAAGAGUUUGUUAACAGCCAAUUGAUGCAAUUUGGAAUGGCGGAUCUCAAAAGAUCGAUUCCAUCUCUAAUAGACGGCUUAAAACCAUCUCAAAGAAAGAUUCUCUGGACACUUCUCAAAAUGGAUGAAACUACCGAAAUGAAAGUUUCUCAGCUGGCUGGAGCUGUUGCACAUCGUCAAUCGUACCAUCAUGGGGAAGAAUCUCUAGUAAGAACAAUUGUUCGAAUGGGUCAAACAUUUUGUGGUGCAUCGAAUAUGCCUCUUCUCCAACCAAUCGGUCAAUUUGGAACCAGACACGAAGUGCGCGUCAUAAUGAUAACACCACCCCACUUUUUGAGGUUUUCAGAAAAACGAAACAAUUUAGAGAAAAACGGCAAAUGCCAUUCGAUUCAGCAUCCCAAAAAACCUAUAUGUCCCCAGAAUCAAGUACCAGUCAACCCCACUACUCGUCUCCUAUUUCCAAUUGCUGAUGAUGAUCUACUCGAGAAGAAGGUUGAAGAAGGAAUCACUGUAGAACCCAAUACUUUGUGCCCAAUCAUCCCAUUGAUUCUUGUAAAUGGAACAGAAGGAAUCGGAACAGGAUGGUCGACAAAGGUCGCAAAUCGGAACCCGGUUGAUGUGAUUGACAUGAUUCGACGGAAAAUUGAUUUAAGUUCAUUAGUAGUAAACGAAAUUCCACCGUUUUACGAAGACUACAAGGGAAAAAUUGAAAUAGUCACACCGACGAAAUUUAUUAGUACUGGAAAGAUAAAGAUAUCACGACCAGAACGAAAAAAUGCUUCAACAUUCUCAGUCGAAAUUAGCGAACUUCCAAUUGGAGUAUGGACUUCGAAGUAUAAAGAAAAACUUUCAAAUAUACUGGAAAAACUUCCAAUCACUGAAUUUUCCGAAAGACAUACUGAGAAACAAGUUAAUUUUCGAUUGAUCUUUGAUAGGAAGAAAGCUGCAAGAUUCUUACAAAAAAGCAAUUCGGAUCUUCUAAACUACUUUAAACUUCGAACAAGUAUCACUGAAAAUCGAGUUCUAUUCGAUAGAAAUGGACAAUUAAAAGAGUUUGGAAAUGUCUCAGAAAUUGCGAACGAGUUUUUUGAAAUUCGAAAGGAUCUGUAUCAAAAAAGAUUAGAAAUUCAAAAGAGAGAGUGUGAAGCUAAAUUAAAAUAUGUGAAUAAUCAGGUACACCUUUAUUACUAUAUGAAUUUCAUUGAAUUAGUAACAAAUGGAACAUUCGAGUUAAAGUCAAUGGAUCGAGAAAGUUUAGAACUAAAGUUAGAAGAAAUUGGGUUUGAAGUUGAUUCAAUGAAAACGGAAAAUUCGAAAAAGUCUAACUAUGGAUACCUACUCGAAAUGCCACUCUCUCGACUGACUCUUGAUGAGAUGAAUAGGUUAAAAGAGAGAAAAUCUCGAAGGAAUUUGGAGCUAAAAGCAGCAGAAUCAGCAGAUUGGAAAUCCACGUGGCAUUCUGAACUGGAUAAAUUGGAAGAAUCAAUCAAGAAGACUAGAAAAGAAUAUCUUGCGUCUUAA